CAACCCUCCCUUCCCUGAGCCCCCCCCCCCGCUCCUUCGCUCACCUUAAAACCAUCGUGCAUCACCAUGGCGAGUUGCUCCUUUGCUCGCGACCAAGCGACAAGGAGACUGAGAGCUGCAGCAGCGGCAGCAGCGGCAGCUCUAACAGCGGUGGCGACCACCCCACUUCUUUCCUCGGGAACCCCGACCGCACUCAUUGGGACCGGGUCGUCUUGUCCGGGAGCCAUGUGGCUCUCCACGGCCACGGGCUCCCGGUCAGACUCCGAGUCCGAGGAGGAAGACCUCCCCGUCGGCGACGAAGUCUGCAAACGCGGCUACCUGCGGAAACAGAAACAUGGGCACAGGCGUUACUUCGUGCUCAAACUCGAGACCGCCGACGCCCCAGCUCGGCUGGAAUACUACGAAAAUGCCAGGAAGUUCCGGCACAGUGUCCGCGCCGCGGCGGCUGCAGCAGCGGCCGCCGCCUCGGGUGCCGCGGUCCCCGCGCUCAUCCCACCACGGCGCGUGAUCACCCUGUACCAGUGCUUCUCCGUGAGCCAGCGAGCUGAUGCAAGGUACCGACACCUCAUUGCCCUUUUCACCCAGGACGAGUACUUCGCGAUGGUGGCCGAGAACGAGUCGGAGCAAGAAAGCUGGUACUUGCUGCUCAGCCGCCUCAUCCUCGAGAGCAAGCGCCGCCGCUGCGGCACGCUCAGCGCGCAGCCGGACGGAGAGCCAGCCGCGCUGGCGGCGGCAGCGGCGGCGGAGCCACCCUUCUAUAAAGAUGUGUGGCAGGUAGUAGUGAAACCCAGGGGGCUGGGGCACAGAAAAGAGCUGAGCGGCGUGUUCCGGCUGUGUCUUACCGACGAAGAGGUCGUGUUUGUGAGGCUGAAUACCGAAGUGGCCAGCGUGGUCGUCCAGCUCCUGAGCAUCCGUCGCUGCGGUCACUCGGAGCAGUAUUUCUUCUUGGAAGUCGGCAGAUCCACCGUCAUCGGUCCAGGGGAGCUGUGGAUGCAGGUCGAUGACUGUGUGGUGGCCCAAAACAUGCACGAGCUGUUUUUGGAGAAGAUGAGAGCUUUGUGCGCAGACGAAUACAGAGCCCGCUGCCGCAGCUACAGCAUCAGUAUUGGCGCCCACCUGUUAACCCUGCUGUCCGCUAGGAGGCACCUGGGCUUGCUGCCGCUGGAGCCCGGCGGCUGGCUCCGAAGGUCCCGCUUUGAGCAGUUUUGCCAGCUCCGGGCCAUUGGUGACGGGGAAGACGAGAUGCUCGUUACCAGGCGCCUCAUAACACCCAGCGAGCCUGUGCCUCCCUCCAGUCGAGGACGGCCGCACCUGCCCAGAGCGCGCAGGUCCAGGAGAGCGGUUUCAGUGCCAGCCAGCUUUUUUCGCCGCUUAGCGUCCAGCCCGGUACGUGACCCGCACCCUGAAGAAGCCCCCAACGAUCGAGCUUGUGAAGCCUCAGGCUCUGCCUCUGGCAACUCUGGGGGGAAAGGCAAUCGUCAAGGCAAAGAUGAUGGUCAGGAAGGAAGCGAAGGCGACUACAUGCCCAUGAACAAUUGGGGAUCAGGAAAUGGCCGGGGUUCAGGAGGUGGUCAGGGCUCAAGUGGUCAAGGCUCCAGUAGCCAGAGCUCAGGAGGAAACCAGUGUUCUGGAGGGAGGCAGGAAUCUGGAGGUGGCCAGGGCUCAAGUGGCGGCCAGGGCUCAGGUGGACAGGGCUCCGGAGGAAACCAGUGCUCAGGAGAUGGCCAAGGUACUGCAGGUGGCCACGGCUCUGGCGGUGGCCAGGGACCUGGAGGUGGCCACGGCUCAGGCGGUGGCCAGGAACCAAGAGAUGGCCAUGGCUCAGGUGGUGGCAAGAACUCUGGAGGGGCCAAGGGCUCGGGAAGUGGGAAAAGCUCUGAUGGUGAUGGUGACCGUGGAAAAUCUCUGAAGAAAAGGUCCUACUUUGGCAAGUUAACUCAAAGCAAGCAACAGCAAAUGCUGCCUCCACCGCCCCCACCUCCACCCCCACCAGCUGGAGCAACUGGUGGAAAAGGGAAGUCUGGAGGAAGAUUCCGACUUUAUUUUUGUGCUGAUAAAGGAGCCACAAAAGAACGCAAAGAACCCAAAGAAGUGAGAAACACAGAGACCCCAGAAGGUGCAACCCGGGGUCUCUACAGACCCAGAGCUUUUGACGAAGAUGAGGAUGACCCAUAUGUCCCAAUGAGGCCAGGGGUAGCUGCCCCUCUUGCAAGCUCUAGUGAUUAUAUGCCAAUGGCUCCCCAAAAUGACUCGGCUUCAAAAAAGCGCCACUCUCGAUCACCUUUUGAAGAUUCAAGAGGCUAUAUGAUGAUGUUUCCCAGAGUGAGUCCACCACCGGCCCCAAGUCCUCCAAAAGCACCUGAUCCUAAUAAAGAGGAUGACUCAAAGGACAAUGACAGUGACAGUGACUAUAUGUUUAUGGCUCCCGGAGCAGGUGCAAUUCCAAAAAACCCUAAGAAUCCUCAGGGCGGUUCUUCCUCUAAAAGUUGGAGCUCCUACUUCUCUCUGCCAAAUCCUUUUCAGAGCUCACCCUUGGGACAGGGUGACCACAGUGAGUAUGUCCCAAUGCUACCUGGAAAGUUCUUGGGGAAGGGCCUAGACAAAGAAACCUCUUCCAAUGGGGGCCCCAAAGAUGCAGCUACAAAGCCUUCAGCUGAAGGGUCAGUCUCAAAGCCUGGAGAUGGGGAGUCACCUUCAAAGCCUUCAGAUGAUGGGCCCCCAAAGAAUAAGGCGAAGAGACCUAACCGACUUUCUUUUAUUAUAAAAGGAAAUAAAAUCAAGCCCAAACCACAAAAGCCCACACGUGAGCAGAAAGAAGCUGACAGCUCCAACAACUACGUCAACAUUGACUUCACUAAAAGAGAGAGCAAUUUGCCAAACCCCUCUGCUCAAGGACUGCCACAUUCGUGGGGCAUAAUUGCUGGUCCCAGACGCUCCGCUUUUUCUAAUUACCUGAAUGUUGAAUUCGGAGCGCCAUUUCCAAACCGCCUCUCAGAUCUUUUAAGAGCUAUCCCAGGUGCCAACCUCUUCUGUCUGGAUGGUGCUAGGUGGCCACAUCCCCCCCUUCCUCCCAAUGCCCCAGGUAGCAAUGCUAAUGUGGAAGAGGGUGACUACAUUGAAGUAAUGUUCAACCCAGCAAUGACACCAGCCGUGCCUUUUGCUGACAGUGCCAUUCGCUAUGAUGCUGAAACAGAUCGAAUCUACGUGGUCGACCCCUUUUCUGAGUGCUGUAUGGACAUUUCUCUCUCCCCUAGCCGAUGCUCUGAACCACCACCUGUAGCUAGGCUGCUGCAGGAGGAAGCGCAAGAGAGAAGACGCCCACCAAGCCAUUCGCAAAGUUUCUUUGCAGUUGCCAGAGCGGCUGUCUCGGCUUUUCCAACUGACAGCCUGGAGAGAGACCUUUCGGCAGCCUCCGCCUCGGCUGCUGCUCUGGCAGCGGCGCCAUCCCUAGCGGUGGGUCGGGCGUUAGCCGCGGCCUCGGCGCUCGCUGCUGCUCCGGGCAUCGGCGCAGCCGCCGCGGGCUUCGAGGCCGCCGCUGGCUUUGACUCCGCCUCCGCCCGCUGGUUCCAACCUGUUGCUAACGCUGCUGAUGCCCAGGCAGCCAGCCGGGCCCAGGACGUUGCCGGGGGCUCCAAUCCUGGAGCCCCGAAUCCAGCUGCAGACCUUGCGGGAGGCGAGAAUGCGGCGGGCGGGGCUGCCGCUGCAGCUCCCACCCUGCCACCUCGCCCCCUCAGGGUGCCGAGACCCCCAGAGAGAGCAGAUUCUGAGAACAACCAUGAUGAGAACGACAACGACGACAUUUACGUGAGAAUGGACUUUGCGAGACCUGACAACAAUAAAUUCGACUCUCCGAAAAGAGGUUGGUCAUUUUUGAAUUAAUUUCUGUAAGUUAAUGGUCACUGAUUAAUGAGUGAGUUGAUGCGCUAUUAUCUGUAGUGUUAGGAAUAAGUGAGGCUU